GCUAACGUGAGGCCAAAACUGGCUGCAGACGGAAAAAAGCAGAGAGGUUCUCUUCUAUGGCUCUGUUUGCCCAUGUGAGGUUGCUCCCCCAGCAGCACACCACUUUGUUGAUUUCACCAUCUUUCACUAAACAUAAUAAAUCAAACUUCCCCCAACAAUUCAAACUUGAGAAUUAUAUUGCAAUUUCCAAGAGAGCAAUACCCAUCAUUUCCAUACAUGCCUUAGCAGCAAAGACAACAGAGCACUCAGAUUCCAAAGUCCAAUCACUUCCCCCAACUUCCUUUAAUGACGAUGGAAAUAUCAAUUUGAAAGGAUGGGCUGCGUUUGCAAAAAAAGUGUCGGGGGAAUGGGAUGGGUUUGGAGCAGAAUUUACAAAUCAAGGUAAGCCGAUUGAAUUACCAGAAAAUGUAGUACCUGAAGCUUAUAGGGAGUGGGAAGUGAAGGUAUUCGAUUGGCAAACUCAAUGCCCCACUCUUGCUCAAGGCGAUGACGCCUUCUCGUUCAUGUACAAGUCCAUUCGGCUACUUCCUACUGUCGGCUGUGAAGCUGAUGCUGCUACUAGGCAUAGCAUCAACGAGAGGAGUAUUGUUGAUGACAACGUUUCUGCUUUUGCGUAUCAAUCCAGUGGAUGUUAUGUAGCCGCCUGGUCCAAUGAAAAUAAGGCAAAUCCCUAUAAGUCAUGGGAAUUGGAGCAUUGUUUGAUUGAUCCUCGGGAGAAGGAGUCGAGGGUGCGGAUCAUUCAGGUCGUGCGCCUUGAAGAUUCUAAGUUGGUAUUGCAAAAUGUUAAGGUGUUUUGCGAGCAUUGGUAUGGCCCGUUUCGAAACGGGGAUCAGUUGGGUGGUUGUGCUAUUCAAGAUUCUGCAUUUGCUUCUACCCAAGCCUUGGACCCUGCUCAGCUCAUUGGUGUUUGGGAGGGUAAGCAUGCGAUCUCCAGCUUUGACAAUGCUCCCCAAAAAGUUCAAGAGCUCGUCGAUGACAGCACCAGGAAGACAGUUAGAGAUGAAUUAGAUCUUGUUUUGCUCCCAAGGCAACUCUGGUGUUGUUUGAAAGACGUUGCAGGUGGCGAAACUUGCUGCGAAGUUGGGUGGCUGUUCGAAAAGGGACGUGCCAUGACGUCCAAAUGCAUAUUCUCUGAUGAUGGGAAGUUAAAGGAAAUUGCUAUAGCAUGUGAAAGUGCUGCAUCCACAGAGUAGGCACCAGUUACCUGCAACAUUGACGCAGCCAUAGCAAAAGCUACAUGCCAAGAACAGUACGAAGAGACUGCUCAAUUAUCCUUCCCCAGAAUUAUUUGUGGAGGGAAAAUAUGUAAUUGUAUGUUCGUAUCUCCAACAUGGUUUUACUCAGGAGUGACAAUCAUUCUCUGUAUAGUAUCGGUCCGAAAUAAACUUAAAUAGAGCAACAUAAUAGGAAAUAUUUAAUUGUAUGAUCAACAUGAUUUUAUUCAUGAGUGACAACCAUUUUGUAUAAUAUUUGUCUAAGAUGAGCUUAGAUAGA